AUGAGUGACGAUUCUCCUGCCGAUGCGAUUCAGGGUGCAGCGGCGUGGCUCAGGGCCAUCCUCAAGUCCAUAGAUGAAAAUGGAAAGUGGUCAUAUCGAAAUUUCGAUGUCGAUGUCGAUGUCGAAAUCCCUGUUGCCCGAGCGAGAGUUCUUCCACCAUGGCACCGUGUCGUCGACAAUGAAGCCAAACAUCCCGCUCUACUCACUCUCAUCACGAAACGUAUGCGGACAGAGCAGGACCAGCUGAUGUUUGUGGACCUCGAGGGCGUCAAUCGCAGUCGGUCUCAGGCACGAUUGCCAUUAUGCAGUUGCCGAUGCCGCCCAGCCCAGUCGUUUACCAACCUUGUCGACAGUCCACCGGCUCAAGGCAAAGGCAUUCGACCUCACCACGCUACCGUCUUCUUCGACAUUCGCAACGACUCGGAUGCCCUCCACGCCCGCUUUGGCGUCUACGUCGCCGGCAUCAUCGACCUACCGGUCAUGGGUUAUGCCACCAGGAAUCCGAGGGGCAAGAACGUCAACGGACUAGCCAAGUGCAUCGAGAGGGACCUACCUCCCACAUCCCAGGCUGGUCGCUCACCAAGCUCACCGGCGACGUCUCUUUGCACCCGAGGUCGGAGGGAGGGAAGUAUGAAGUCUUCCUUGAAAAGACCCAUGGCGGACAAGAUCCUCAAAUACUGUCACAGGAGCAAGACGUGA